AUGCGGAAAGUGAGAAGGCGGGAUAAAAAAGCGAGGCCGAAGGUAGGCUGGCAGAUACGUUCAUUCGCUUACUCCUUUCUGCCCGUGGACGCCGCCAAGUAAGCAUCGUUGAAGUCCCCCGCCCCUUUCCACUGCCGUCAUGUCUAAGUCAGAGUCUCCUAAAGAGCCCGAACAGCUGCGGAAGCUCUUCAUCGGAGGUUUGAGUUUUGAAACAACCGAUGAAAGUCUGAGGAGCCAUUUUGAGCAAUGGGGAACGCUCACGGACUGUGUGGUAAUGAGAGAUCCAAACACCAAGCGCUCCAGAGGCUUUGGCUUUGUCACCUAUGCCACUGUGGAGGAGGUGGAUGCAGCCAUGAAUGCAAGGCCACACAAGGUGGAUGGAAGAGUUGUGGAACCAAAGAGGGCCGUCUCCAGAGAAGAUUCUCAAAGACCUGGUGCCCACCUAACGGUGAAAAAGAUUUUCGUUGGUGGGAUUAAAGAAGACACUGAAGAACAUCACCUAAGAGAUUAUUUUGAACAGUAUGGGAAAAUUGAAGUGAUUGAAAUCAUGACUGACCGAGGCAGUGGCAAGAAGAGAGGCUUUGCUUUUGUAACCUUUGAUGACCAUGACUCUGUAGACAAGAUCGUCAUUCAGAAAUACCAUACUGUGAAUGGCCACAACUGUGAAGUAAGGAAAGCCCUGUCUAAGCAAGAGAUGGCUAGUGCUUCAUCCAGCCAAAGAGGUCGGAGUGGUUCUGGAAACUUUGGUGGUGGUCGUGGAGGUGGUUUCGGCGGGAAUGACAACUUUGGUCGUGGAGGAAACUUCAGUGGUCGAGGUGGCUUUGGUGGCAGCCGAGGUGGUGGUGGAUAUGGUGGCAGUGGGGAUGGCUAUAAUGGAUUUGGUAAUGAUGGUGGUUAUGGAGGAGGCGGCCCUGGUUACUCUGGAGAAAGCAGAGGCUAUGGAAGUGGUGGACAGGGUUAUGGAAACCAGGGCAGUGGCUAUGGCGGGAGUGGCAGCUAUGACAGCUAUAACCACGGAGGCGGAGGCGGCUAUGGCGGUGGUAGUGGAAGCAAUUUUGGAGGUGGCGGAAGCUACAAUGAUUUUGGCAGUUACAACAAUCAGUCUUCAAAUUUUGGACCCAUGAAAGGAGGAAACUUUGGAGGCAGAAGCUCUGGCCCCUAUGGUGGUGGGGGCCAAUACUUUGCCAAACCACGAAACCAAGGUGGCUAUGGUGGUUCCAGCAGCAGCAGUAGUUACGGAAGUGGCAGAAGGUUUUAAUUAACUGCCAGGAAACAAAGCUUAGCAGGAGAGGAGAGCCAGAGAAGUGACAGGGAAGCUACAGGUUACAACAGAUUUGUGAACUCAGCCAAGCACAGUGGUGGCAGGGCCUAGCUGCUACAAAGAAGACAUGUUUUAGACAAUACUCUUGUGUAUGGGCAAAAAACUCGAGGACUGUAUUUGUGACUAAUUGUAUAACAGGUUAUUUUAGUUUCUGUUCUGUGGAAAGUGUAAAGCAUUCCAACAAAGGGUUUUAAUGUAGAUUUUUUUUUUUUGCACCCAUGCUGUUGAUUGCUAAAUGUAAUAGUCUGAUCAUGACGCUGAAUAAAUGUGUCUUUUUUUUAAAUGUGCUGUGUAAAGUUAGUCUACUCUGAAGCCAUCUUGGUAAACUACCCCAACAGUGUGAAGUUAGAAUUCUUUCAGGAUGAUGCCAGGUUCCAUUCAGAAUUUACCUGCUUGGGCACAGAAGCCAUUGUCUCCAGAAAUCUUGGUGUAGUUAAACUUGAGUUAUACUGUGUUGUGACCUGGAGUUCCAUGAAAAGGGUCACCCAAGCAGUCAAUGGAGUUUAUUUGGUUAUUAAUAUGAUUGAUUGUUGGCACAUCCUAUGCAAUAUAUCUAAAUUGAAUUAUGGUACCAGAUAAAACUAGAUGGGAAUGAAGCUUGUGUAUCAUCCAUUAUCAUGUGUAAUCAAUAAACAGAUUUAAUAUCCUUUGAAUGGAAUGACAACUGUAUGGAUUUGGGACUGGCAGAGCUUUGGACUUUACCCUGCCCACUGCCCCUGAUGAUGUUCAAUGCUUCUAUCACAAUUCAAGUUCAAAACUCUGCCAGAGAAUAGAAACCAGCUGCUGGCUGAUGCCACCCUAUAAGUCCACAAAUUAGAAGUGUUUGGGAGACCUUUUUAAACUGACCAGCACCAGGAGGAGUCUGCUACCACAGGCUUUAUCAACUCUUAAAAAAAAAAACAGAAACCCAACUAUCCAAGUUCAUGGCUAAAAGGAACAUCCUUGUGAGGACAACCUUUGUAUGAGCCACUGUGCACUUCAUUUUUCACUGCCAUGCAGUUGCUACUGGCUGCUCUGCAGUUUCAAUGUAAUCAUUCAAUUUUGUGAAUGGACUUUUUAAAUAAAAUGCUUUUAACUUUG